AUGCUAACACCUCAGGAGGUUGCAUGCGACUUCAUCCCUGCGUUCUUUGAACGCCUCGCAUCCAAGCCGGCGGAACUGGCGGAGAUGUACGGCCCGCAGUCCACCCUUGUGAUUGUGGACUUCGAGAACGGCACGACGGAGGCCACCGGCGCGGAGAUCCCGCAGACCAUUGAACAAUGGGCCAGCAUCCUGCAAGGAUGCGCGUUGACCGUGGAGAGCUACUUGGCGGCUCCCUUGUACAGCGGGGUGAACGUUUACGUGACAAUGAAAGCUGAAUCCAGUGCGGCGUGGCACUACUUCCACUUUGUGACGACUCUUGAGUCUUACAGCGCUGGAGCUUACGGGCCUGAGGCGUAUUACAUCCGUCACCAGAUUAUGAUGCGCCCCGGCGCCGCCGAGAAGGAGCAGCCUGCUGUGCAACUCACACCUGAGCCGGAGCAAAAAGUAGAAGAAUCGCUUCUGCAGGAAACAGCGGUGGAGAAUUCCGUUGAGGCAGCAGUAGAGCAGCAAGAAGAAGAAGUGGAAGAGCCUGCGGUCGACGUCAAAAGACCAGCGGCAGCGGAGCGAACACCCACUACCGUUGAGCCUACUACUACUACUACUACUACUACUACUACUCCUACUGCUACUACUACUACUACUACUACCACCACCAAUAACAACACUGCCGCUCCUACUAACAAUGUCGCCACCCAGCGUACACCUGCAGCUCCAAAGUCAUGGGCUAGCUUGGCCAGCAGUGCCCCAAAAGGUGAGCCACGUCAGCCAUUGAAGGUGACUUCUCAUGAAAACGGUGUAAGUAACGAAACAGUUGAAGCCCCUUCUGCAAAGUCGGUCCAGAAAGAGGAACAGCAGGUGCCAUCCCCAAAGACCCAAACCAAAGCCCCAUGUGCGCCAGCUCAAGCUAUCGGUGACCGUCUGAUGUUCAAUAUUGAUCAUGCUGUUUCUGACGAGGAUAUUAAGUCUGCCCUUGGACGUCUUGCUGCUAACAUCGUGUCUCUCCGUAAUAAUUCAGCCAAUGGUCACGUUUUUAUUGAUUUCUCAGACAAAGAGAAGGUGUUGGAUACACUGAAGGCGAACCCACCGAUGAUUGGAACUCGCAAGACUCGGGUAAACAUCUACCGCCAGAGAACGCGUCAGUAG